UUGUAACACUUGGCUCAGGACUGAUUAGCCAAUACAACAGACUCACACUUUGGAAAACACAUAAAUACAACAGAGAGCUACCGUAGGAUGUCUUUGACUCACUCAAAGGCACGAGAUGCCAGCCCUCAGCCUGAUCGCCCUGCUCAGCCUGGUAUCCACUGGUUUUACCAGUCAGUGGGAGGUGCACCCUCCCCAGCAGCAGGGCAGGCACUGGGCACAGAUAUGCAGCGGGAACCCUUUCAAUAGAAUCCGGGGCUGUGACAGAUACGGCUGUGGCAGUUACGGAGCUGACAGACAGGGUAAAGGAGAAAAGCACAAAGGCGUGGAUGUCAUCUGCUCUGAUGGAUCAGCAGUGUUCGCUCCCUUCAGUGGCCAGCUCUCCGGACCCAUUCGAUUCUUUCAUAAUGGAAAUGCUAUUGAUGAUGGAGUCCAAAUCAGUGGGUCAGGUUACUGUGUAAAACUAGUCUGCAUUCAUCCCAUCAGAUACCAUGGCCAAAUCCAGAGAGGGCAACAACUUGGAAGAAUGCUGCCAAUGCAAAAAGUGUUUCCUGGCAUUGUGUCUCACAUUCACGUUGAGAACUGCGAUCAGUCUGAUCCUACUCAACUCCUCAGACCUGAUGUUUCACCACCAUUCCCACAGCAAGAUACUCACUGGGCUACAGUAUGCGCUGGGAAUCCUACAAAUGAGAUAAGAGGCUGUGAUAAAUACGGCUGUGGAUACUUUGGAGCUCCGAGACGCAAUGGUAAAGGAGAGAAGCACAAGGGUGUGGAUGUCAUCUGUGCUGAUGGUGCAACUGUGUAUGCUCCCUUUUCUGGUGAGCUGUCUGGACCCGUUAAAUUCUUUCAUAAUGGAAACGCCAUUGACGAUGGAGUCCAAAUCAGGGGAUCAGGUUUCUGCGUAAAACUGCUGUGCAUCCAUCCCACCAGAUACCAUGGUAGGAUUUCUAAGGGACAAGUCCUUGGCAGAAUGCUGCCAAUGCAAAGAGUAUUUCCUGGGAUCACUUCUCAUAUUCAUGUUGAGAACUGCGAUCACUCAGAUCCUACUAGCAAUCUUGAAAGGGGGAAAGGGAGAGAAAGUGAAAUGGAAGUGUAAUAAGUUCUGAAUAAAUACAUCUCAGCAUUCAAGUGCUGUUUUUGUUCUCACAUGGAUGGUCUGUGUCAAUGAAAGAAGGAAAAAUGUAUUUCAUAAAUAGAAUAAAGCGUACACAGCAGGCACAACAAUAGAUUGCUGAUGCAGUACUUUGGGCCUUACUUAAUAUUGUGAGGCCCCAGCAGCAACAUCCCUGCCAGGUACCAGUGAGGUACUGAUUUCUAAGUAUUAGUAGUUGUGAAUAUUGCAUCUUAGGCUAGUUUAUGAGCUUUACUGCAUUUCGGAAAAC